ACGACAGCGCGCAGGGAGCCCCCAGUCAGACUCAGCACUGCCGCGAGCUCACGCGGAAUAGCCGGAGGAGGAGCGGACGGCGACCUCUGAUUUCCCAAUCCCUCAUUUGCUCCGAGCAACUUUGUUUCACUAGGCGCCGGCUUUUUGGCUGCAUCUCUCGCAAAGUAGAGAGAGAGAGAGAGCGAGCGCGUGAUAGCAUUAGAUAGACAGUGGGGUGGGAGCGGGGGGGGGGGCUUCGAUAAGGCGUGAGAGAAGUGUGAGACACCGAGUAGACACAGUCUUGACCGAGGACAGGAGGAGCCCUUCCCUCCUCCUGGUAGUUCGCCUGCUUCUUCACAGCGGCUCCUCGCCCCACAUGCGUUUUUUUCGGCUCACGUUCAAGUGCUUCGUUGACGGCUUCUGAAUCAUCCGCGGCAGGCGUCAGCGGCGCCCUUGCCAAAGAGCGACUCCGUCCGCGGUCAAUUCGCACGAAAGGACGCAACGACGACAGUCGCCGGGUGGACGAGGAGGAGGAGGGAGGGAGGAGGAGGGAGGACACGAAACAUCCCAGAGACUCGGACGCCAGACACACAACAGAAGCAGAAGGGACGGACGGCUGGUCGUCUGGCCCUGUCGAACGCUGCGUCGGCGCCCGAGCGCUAAAGUCGCAGCGCGAAUUGUGACCGAUCGAACGAUGCGAAAAUUAACCCUUUGGGCGGAGAACCCUUACGCUGAGAAUGACGGUGACGGUGGCGUUGGUGGUGGCGAAGCCACGGAUGUACGCGUGGUGCCUCUGCCGACACCGCCGCAGAAGCUGCCCGCGGUGGAGGGCGAAGCCAGCAGUAGCAGCAGCGGUGGUGGUGGUGGAGAAUCAGGAGGGAGCAGGGCAGUGUCACCCGAGAGAGACACCUGGACACGCCAGCUGGACUUCACGAUGUCAUGCAUCGGGUUCGCAGUGGGCCUGGGAAAUGUGUGGCGAUUUCCGUACCUGUGCUACAAGAACGGCGGAGGUGUCUUUCUCAUUCCAUACUUUCUCAUCGCUGUCACGUGCGGAAUUCCCAUCUUUUUUAUGGAGAUCGCCCUGGGGCAGUUCAUGAAACAAGGCAGCAUUGGCAUUUGGAAGAUCGCGCCCCUGUUCCAAGGCCUCGGAGUAUCCUCGAUGGUGAUGCUCUUCUUCAGCAACAUCUACUACAUUAUGGUGCUCACCUGGGCAAUGUACUACCUGCUCCACUGCUUCAGGGCCACCGUGCCCUGGUCCACCUGCGGCAACGAGUGGAACACCCCGGCAUGCGCCGUUCACUUUCAGCACCAGCGCUGCUACAACUACUCGGACGACGCCAAUGAGACCUCGCCUGCCCUGGCCACCACCGACGCCGCCACCAGCGUCAGGAUUUUCAUCAACAGCACGAACGGGACGGGCGGCUGCUGGGGAGCCGCGGAGACCACGUCUCCCAUCGUGGAGUUCUGGGAAAAAAAAGUCCUGAGAAUUUCUGAGGGGCUCCACCAGCCGGGUUCGAUCAACGUUCACCUCCUCUUGUGCCUCCUGGCUGUGUGGAUCAUCAUAUACUUCUGCGUCUGGAAAGGGGUCAAGUCAACGGGCAAGGUGGUGUACUUCACCGCGACGUUCCCCUACGUCGUCAUGAUGAUUCUCUUUGUUCGCGGCAUCACUCUCCCCGGCGCCUACGAGGGGAUCAUCUUCUACCUGAAGCCCGACUGGCAGAAGCUCUCAGAGCCACAGGUGUGGAUCGACGCGGGGACUCAGAUCUUCUUCUCCUACGCCGUUGGGUUGGGAGCCCUGGCAGCCCUGGGCAGCUACAACCGCUUCCACAAUGACUGCUACAAAGACGUGUACAUCCUGGCGGUGGUGAACAGCGGCACGAGUUUUUUCGCCGGCUUCGUCGUCUUCUCCAUCCUGGGCUUCAUGGCCGCCGAGCAAGGGGUCGACAUAUCCAAGGUGGCGGAAUCAGGUCCUGGGCUGGCUUUCAUUGCAUACCCCAAGGCCGUGUCCCUGAUGCCUGUCGCUCCAGUGUGGGCUGCCCUGUUUUUCUUCAUGUUGCUCUUGCUUGGACUUGACAGUCAGUUUGUGGGAGUGGAGGGCUUCGUGACGGGAAUUUCGGACCUGUUCCCAGCCCGGCUAAGUAAUGGCUACUGCCGAGAGAUAUUUGUGGCCAUCUACAGCAUGAUCUCCUUCCUUUUCGCCUUUUCCAUGAUCACCGAUGGAGGGAUGUACGUGUUUCAGCUGUUCGACUACUACUCGGCCAGUGGGAUGACCCUGCUGUGGCAGGCUGGCUGGGAGUGCAUUGUGGUGGCAUGGGUCUAUGGCAGUGACCGCUUCAUGAAUGACAUCGCCCGAAUGAUCGGGUACCACCCGGUGCCUUGGAUGAAGUGGUGUUGGUGUUUUUUGACGCCCUGCAUCUGUGUGGGCAUCUUCCUCUUCAACCUGCUGAACUACAAGCGGCUGACGUACAACAAGACGUACGUGUACCCGUGGUGGGGCGACGCGCUCGGCUGGGCCAUGGCGCUCACCUCGAUGCUCUGCAUCCCCGCGGUCGCGCUCUGCCGACUGGCGUAUGCCGAGGGCUCACUGCGGGAGCGAUGGAACCACCUGACCACUCCAGUGUGGAGCGCGCACCACGUGUCUCCGGACGGGGCGACCACGCGGGCAGUGUCACUGGAGGGCGAGUUGGCCACGCUCCCCAACCUCCCCGCUGCCAAGGGAAUCAAGCUGGAGACCAUCAUGUGAUCGAAGGGUGCACCGGAGUCACGCGGGGACUGCCGACUCCAGCCGAGCGAUCGUCAGAGCCGGCGCUGGUAGCCGUUGUGAAUCAUCGCCACCUACCCCGCCCCACCCCCUUACUGCGGUGCCGGCCACCGCAAGCUGGAGACCACCGUGCGAUCGAAGGGGCACCGGAGUCACCGACUCCAGCCGAGUGAUCGCCAUGGCCGGCGCCGGUAGCCCGUUGUGGCUUUCGGGGCAAGGCGCCAUGCUCGCCACCUACCCCGCCCCACCCCACCUUGCUGCGGUGCCGGCACCGCCUGACCAAAAGUUUGAGCCACGAAUCCGCCACUGCUUUGCAACGUUUCUCCCGACAGCAAGAGUUCCACCACGUUCGGCAGGCGGAGCCGACCCCCCCACCCCCCCCCCCCAGCUCCCUUGCCACGGUGCUGGCGAUCGCCACCGCCGCAGGAAGCUGCUGUCGAACGGUGCCAAAUCAGAUCAUAAAAGACGCCUUUAUUUUGGUGAAAAACGGUUCCCAAAUUCGUUUGUAGGUUUCUCAUUUUUUCGUCUCGAAUUUCUCACCUGUGGAGAUAUAUUAGGGAUGAGUUUCGGAUUUCAACAUUUCAUAUUUUUGUUCUAAUGACAGUAUCGGAUCUCUUUAGGAUUUAAAUGAUUGCAUUACACAACAGUUUCACGUGUUUUUUGUGCUGACAAAAGUGAUGUCACACAAUGGCCAUGUGACACCACUUUUGGUGAGACAAGCGCAGACAUGAUGUCAUGCUUUUGGAUCAAUUCAGUACUAAAUAUUUUUUUCCAAUCACCGGACAUUCGGUAUCUAGACCCGAUUUACGGAUUCAUUGAAGAAUUGGGAUCAUAGCCCGAAUUGAUAGCGAUAUAGAAAAUCUAAAACUGUGCUAAAGGUUUGCUGCAAUCUAUUUUUUCACGAUGCAAUAUUACGUUUCACAAUUAACUGAAUUUAAAAUGGUCCAUCAUUUGGUGUACUAAGAAUACGAACAAAUGUGACUUUCAAAGUCUUUAAACUGCAGUUCACUCAACUAAAGAUUGCCAUGAGGCUUGCUAAUAAUUGUUGUCGGUUACACAAAAGUAAUUAAGUGAACAACGAAAAGGGUUACAUCGUGUGAUUACCAUGCCAUCAAUUACUCCCACAAAACAUCUUGCAAAGUGAUAAUUGAAUGGAUCGUAGUUAUUUAUUUACAACUGCAAUCAUUGGAAGGAUUUGAUAAACCAUUUCGGGUCUUAAUUGAUUGAUCACGCUUACGGUGGCUUUCAGACCGCAUCCAUUAUUUUUCGUCUCCCCCCUCUUUU